CUGCCAACGUGCUGCUUUCGGAACAAGGCGACGUGAAACUGGCUGACUUUGGGGUGGCUGGGCAGCUGACAGACACACAAAUCAAGAGAAACACCUUUGUGGGGACUCCGUUCUGGAUGGCACCCGAGGUCAUCAAGCAGUCUGCUUAUGACUUCAAGGCAGACAUCUGGUCCCUUGGAAUUACAGCCAUUGAACUGGCAAAGGGAGAGCCUCCAAAUUCUGACUUGCAUCCUAUGCGCGUUCUCUUCCUUAUCCCCAAAAAUAACCCUCCGACACUUGAGGGUCACCACAGCAAGCCCUUCAAGGAGUUUGUGGAAGCCUGCCUCAAUAAGGAUCCUAGAUUUAGGCCGACAGCCAAAGAGCUGCUGAAGCACAAGUUCAUCACACGCUACACGAAGAAAACCUCCUUCCUCAUGGAGCUGAUCGACCGGUUCAAGCGCUGGAAGUCGGAGGGGCACGGGGAGGAUUCCAGUUCUGGUGACUCUGAUAUCGAUGGAGACACAGAGGAUGGAGACCAGGGUCCAAUCUGGACAUUCCCACCAACUAUUCGUCCCAACUCCUUGAGCAAACUGCACAAAGGAAUGGCUUUUCAUGGUUCCCAGAAGCCUAGUGAGCCCAUCAAGAGGCAGCCACGGUCACAGUGUCUCUCCACACUUGUUCACCCAGUUUUUGGGGAGCUGAAAGAUAAACACAAGCAGACUGGAGGCAAUGUGGGAGCUAUGGAGGAGCUGGAGAAUGCCUUUAGCUUGGCUGAGGAGUCCUGCCCUGGCAUCUCUGACAAACUGAUAGCACACAUGGUCGAGAGGGUACAAAGGUUUUCACACAGUCGGAACCACCUGACCUCUGCCCACUGACACCUGCAUUCUCUGCUCCUGUUUUGAGGGGGGAAGGAUUUUUUUCCAGCUUCAUAAACUACAUCUCUAAUCCAGACUACCAUCUGCUGUUGGAUGUACGUCGUGUUACGGACUCCAGAACAUUUCAGAGCCUUCGUAGUCCACGUGUCUCCGUGACAACCCAGGGCAGGGUUUGCAAUGCAAGUACAAUUUAGACCUUUUGCAGAACCCGAGAUGGGGGGUCUAAUUGUUUUUUUACAAUGUAAUCAAUGCAGUUUUUAAUUGUUUCCCCUAUGGAUGUGUCCGUUUUGGCUUGGUUCCAUUCACAGCUUGUAACUGGUAAAGGCCUGGCUGCUGGAAAAGAGGG